AGGUGACGUAUUUCCGGUUUGAGAGUGGAGCUCCACUCGCCCAUGGUCUGCAGCCAGACCCUUCUCGUCCUCUUUGGGUUCCUCUGCCGCCAUGCCGACCAAACAGUCGAAGACCAGGAAGCUGCGCGGGCACGUCAGCCACGGGCACGGGCGCAUCGGCAAGCACAGGAAGCACCCCGGGGGUCGAGGUAAUGCUGGGGGCAUGCACCAUCACAGAAUCAACUUCGACAAAUAUCAUCCUGGUUAUUUUGGGAAGGUGGGCAUGAGACACUAUCACUUGAAGAGGAACACACUUUUCUGCCCCACCAUUAACCUGGACAAGCUGUGGACGCUGGUCAGCGAGCAGACGAGGGUCAACUACAGCAAGAAGACGGACGGCCCGGCACCCAUCAUCGACGUCGUGCGAGCUGGCUACUUCAAGGUGUUGGGGAAAGGCAAGCUGCCCAAGCAGCCGGUGAUCGUGAAGGCCAAGUUCUUCAGCAGACGAGCAGAGGAGAAGAUCAAGGGUGUGGGAGGAGCCUGUGUGCUCACCGCUUGAGAAAUAAAACAUGUGGAAACCAGCGCUUGAUGUUUUGGUGUUUCAGUUCAGCGAGGGAUUGUGUCCUGAUGGAAACCUGUACUCUGUGUUGAUCAAUCUGACUAUCCUUACAGCUGUUUACAGCCUUGAUCCUGUCAGUGGUUUAACUGGGAUUUCAGUUAGUAGUCUAACACGGUAACUAUAAUAUCAUGACAUCUUAUAUGUUAAAAUAUUUUAUUUUUUUGUUCUUCACAGAUGAUGUCAGAAAGGGGGGUUUAUAUUGAACAGAUUGAGUCAGGUGAUGAUAAAACUGAACCGCUCUUUUCUGUAUUUCUAUGUGUAAGGGGUAUAAGCCCAGCUCAGCCCUGCAGGCGAUAUUAGAAGUGCUUCUGUUUACCCUUAGGAUGUUUUUGGCAAAUUCCAAUUGUGUUCUUUCUAUUAAACUUUUGUCCCAGUUUUCAAAUUUUAA